GCUGAAAACCCAACGAGUACUGUGGUGUGGUCAAAUACUCCAAGGAUCCCGGGUCAGCCCUCAUUUUCAACUGAGAACCUGCAUUCAUUCACAGGAAGUUUGUCCCACUUCGCUUUCCGUACGCACUGCUCUAAAGUCUUUUUUGCUUGAUCAAGAGUCAAUGAAAAUCGUCUUUUUUGAGAGGUGACACGGGGAAAUUCCAGGGGUAAGGACGCUCGUCAUGCUUCAGGGGUUUGGACGGAGCAGCCCCACCGAGCUGGACAGGCGCGUGCCAAUCACACGCCUCAAAGAUAAUGAAGACAUCAGGGACAUUUAUGAAAUCGGAAGACAGUUGGGUCACGGUACCUUCGGAGCUGUUUAUGAAACCACCCAGAUUAAGACCCAGUCAAAAUGGGCUAUUAAAAUGGUCUGCAGACCCACGCCAGGCAGUCCAAAGGUGGAGAUGUUGGAUAACGAAAUAGACAUCCUCAGACAAGUGAAUCAUCCACAUAUCAUACGACUUGAGGCCAUCUACAGCACAGCCAAGAUGAUGUAUUUGGUCACCGAGCUGUGUGAAGGAGGUGACCUGAAGCAUCUGCUGCAGCAGAAAAUGUACUUCACGGAGGAUGAGACCAGAAAAAUAAUACACUGUUUGGCUGACGCUGUCACUUACCUUCAUAUGAGAAACAUUGUGCACCGAGACUUGAAACUUGAGAACAUUCUUCUGAAAAAUCCUAUCAAUGAGGAUAACGGCGAGAUGGAUGUCAAGGUGGCAGACUUUGGAUUAUCGAUAAAGAAGAAAAGUAUGGGGAUUGAGAGGAUGAUGAGCGAAACAUGUGGGACCCUCAUCUACAUGGCACCUGAGGUGUUAAAGGGAAAUGAUUAUAGUCAGUUGUGUGAUGCAUGGAGCAUAGGAGUCAUCAUGUUUAUGCUGCUGUGCGGAGAACCUCCAUUUGUCUCCAAAACCAGAGAGAACCUUCUCAAGAAGAUCGAGAGCAGAGACCUCAUAUUUUCCCAACCCAUUUGGGAUAGCAUAAGCGAUGCAGCAAAGUACAUCCUGACUAACCUCCUGAAGGCGGAGCCUGUCUUCCGCAUGUCACCUUCUGAUCUGCUGGGCAGCUCCUGGUUUCGAGGUGAUACUACAGUUCCUUCUGGUCCAAACAACAUUGUGGAGAUGAUGGGGGCCUGCUUGGAAGAGGAAGAGGCAGGAAAACAGACAGCUGAGGUCUCUCCCCUCACCUCUCCUGAGGUCACCCUGGAGCCAUCCUUGGCCUCUUUAGCCCUUUCAGAUGAGACACACGGCAACCAUGGUAGCCAUGCUAAGACCUGCGCCCAAAGAGACGUCAGCCCGUGCAUACCUACCACAUCCACUGCACAGCCUAAAAGGAAUGUUGGCAGACCAGCGCAGGACCAGAACAUCAAUGACACAGUCAGGAUGGGAAACCAGACAAAGUUUCACCUGCGAAAAGCAUCAUCCACACAGCUGGGUGCAAAACCACGCAAGCAUCCGGUCAAGAAGGUGUUUCGCUCUGCACAGAAACUGACCCCUGACUCAGAGGCGAGUCCCGGAAGGGUCCCGUUUUCCAGUAAAACACAACUAACCUGCGAAAACCCAAAGAUCGUUUGCACAAAGAGUCCCAUUCAGAGUAAAAUCCAAAAAUAAGACGAGGGAAAUUUGUGAUGGACAGACAAUAAGCUGCAAUGAUGAAUGUUUGUUUUGAGUUUCAUUUUAGGCGUGAAAUGUGAAAAUAGAGACUGUGAAUGUUUCAGCUGUUUUGGGUAAUGAACAGAGCCUCAGUACUGUCUAUUAAAGGGACCUUGAGUGUUCGUGUCAAAAAUAGUCCAAAGUCCCUGCACCUGAGGCUUCAUCGUUGGCUGCUCUGGCCCGUGCCAAAUUUAAAGACUCCACUCUGAGGUGUUUGCCAACAGGGGGAAAUUGGAGGCGGGGACUGCUAAUCCCUUGCUUUAUUUUACACCGCAAACUUUUUACGAACUGAAAGCACUUUAAAUACAGAUUUUGUCUUUUUACAGAGAUUUGAUGAUACUAUAAGAAUCUAGUUUAAUUGAUUUGAUGAAUCAUUAAUGACCCAAUUCCAAUUGUAGCUUUAAAGCUAAAAAUAAAAGUUCAAAAAUGUCAUAUAUCUUUAAUUCAAUUAAAAAAGGUAAACUUUUUAAAACUUUUCUGUAGUGAUUUUUGAGACAAAAGCAUAUUACGGAUAAGUUACAACUAAGAACACAAAGGUCCUUUUAGGACAUGUGCUUAAAGAACCAAAGUGAGCAGCAGGGAUUUCUUUCUGUUCUGCUUUGACCUCUCAAUUCCAAGUCGUUGUAUAUGCAGUGACUGCACCCACUCUGUGUCAAAACAGAAAAACUGUCACAAAGGCUGGUUACGCUCCAUCUGAAUGCAGAGGAUUGGGACUGAGGACAGCCACGGGUCUAAUCUCGUUUGGAGGCCAUUGAAAGCAGCAGGAGCUACUUUGAGGGCACUGCCAUUCAAGCACAGGUUUUUCCUCUGCAGAGAGAAUAAUCCCCAGCACAGAUACAACAUUAAAGUAUCCAAGCAUAACACACCCAGGGCGAGUUUCAAAUCCACCCAUUUGCAUCUUCAAGUGAAUGAGUGCCAACAAUGGGUCUCUGUGUUCAUGCACAGGCUUUGUGUUUUAGUACAUAUGUGAGAAAGUAGCCGGGGUUUUUUGUGUGUUUUUGCAAAACAGACAGUUCAAGAGAGUACAACAAUGACAUGUGAAUUAGCUUUCAUUAAACCGGUUGCCAAAGAAGAGAAGAACGUCACUGCUGCUUCGCCCCUAGUUUCCUCAGACGGCUGCAGACAGCAGAUGGAGCUGUGGUUGGAUCCUGAAUUGUUCUCAAAUGAAUUAAUUUGCAAGGAGUGGGCUGUACCUAAAGCUACCUAAUUUUGAGUAUGAGGAUUUGUAAUUAGAAUGGAGUGCUUGAGCAACUGCCCAUUAACACUGUGAUUUCACUGUAAUGUGUCUCUAAUUAUUACGUUGUAUGCCUAUACUUUGACGCUCCAUUCAGUUUAAAUAAAGGUUUUAGACAUGCUUCCUUUCGGG